AUGGGCACCGUAUCCUCCAUAGUACAGACGAAACAUCCGACGCACAGCUUUAAACCUGGGAAAGACUUCCAGACAAAAACACCUCUCUUACCAGUGGGCGCUUUCGAUACUCAUGUCCACGUCUUCGAUGCCAGUCUGGGUCCAUAUGCCCCGGGUCGAGCAUACACACCGGAAGAUGCUCCUUUAUCAAGGCUAGUUGCUUUCAAUGAACAUCUAACACAAGACGCUCAAGUGGGGAAUCUGGUCCUCGUGCAGCCAUCACCUUACAAGACCGAUUGCACAGUAUUGCUACAAUGCUUACGAGACUUACAAAGCCGCAAUAUCAAUGCGCGUGCUAUUGUGGUAAUUGAUCUGGAUAGUCUGGCGGAUAUGCUACACAAAACUACCCGACGCAUUCAACACCUUCCGGGCUGGAUGGUUCAGCUUUAUGUUCCGGUCUGGGUAUGGGAUGCUCUAUAUGAUUCUAUCCUCGAUUUGCCGGUCCCCGUCAUCGCAGACCACGUGGGAGGAGCACUGGGCCGGUCGAAGUUGUCGCCGGAAUUCCAAGAAUUACCCUUAUCGCAGCCUGGCUUUUCAUCUCUUACCUCCCUAGCGAAGCAUGGGCGUGUGAUAGUCAAGAUAUCCGGCUUUGAUAUGAAACCCAUUAUCGAGUCACUGGCGCAUGAUGUGCCGGAUCAGUUGGUCAGGGGUAGUGACUGGCCACAUACGGGAGACGGUGCGGCUCGCUUAAAGAAUCCGGAUAUCAAUGUAAAAGAAGGGUUUCGUUCAAUUGAUAAUCUUGGGAUUCUGCGAAGUUUGAGAGACUGGGUGGGUAGUGAACAGGCCUGGGAAAAGUUGAUGAGGGAUAAUCCAGCUCGGUUCUAUAGGUGAAAUGCCUAUUAGUGAUAUAAUGACCUGUUGUAUUCUUCUUGUAUCCAAGAUGUUACUAAUAACUUAUUAUACGAAAUAAUAUCAUUCUUUUAGGUACUACCAGGUACAAAUGAUACUGCAAUAGUGAACGUGAGCAAAGAAUAGGACUAUUCCAUUGUGUAUAAACCCACUCUCAUAUCAUUAGGAAGAAGUUCAUAGUACACUGGUUAAGUAUAGUCGGGCCUUGAAUCCGCAUACUUCUCCUUGUAGACCGAAGGCUGGCUUCCGCCGGGGUUUGCCUGGUGCCUGUUAGCUCUUAGAGCUAAGCCAUGGAUAGGGAAUCCAUACCAAGUAGAGGAGUCGAUUGCCGGGAAGAUAAUAGAGCAAACCUUCCCUUUCUCGUUUAUUUUGAUGAAUGUGGAUCCGGGUAAUUGUUCUUAGGUGUGGCGUGGGGGGAACUUUUGGGACUCUAUACUCGCGACGGAUGCAUCCGAGAAUGAUGGCGACUGCGAACUUACUAACGAGAGCUCGACAAUAAC